AUGCCUGUGAUUGUACUAGAGGCCAGAGACUUCACCAGCCCCCUUUUCUUGGUGCGGACAUUGGAAGUCUUAUCCAGCUGUACCACCUUCAGCCUUGUGGCCUCGCUGGAACCUUCAGACUUAAAUCCAUCUAACCCCCAACUCAUCAACACAUUCUGGAUCUUCUGCAUGUUUACGUGGUGUUUCUUCUUCACCCUUACACUCCUCAUCCACAUUCUCAGCAUCAUCCAGUUUCACAGCCUUAUCCCAAUAUCCUGGAAGAACCUGACUAUGACAGUGGCAGUCUUAGGCGCACUGAUGUGUCUCAGUGCGUCUGUGGUUUUUCCUUGGCUCAUCAUGGAUCAUCAAGGGCCGUCACAUCGCUCUGUGGCAGCUGCUGUGGCCUCCUUCUUCACCUUCCUGGCCUACACCUCAGAGUCCUACGUUCUGCGCACCCAAGCCCAUGAACAAAGGGGCUACAUGGGCAGCAUGCCAGGCCUCCUUAAGAUUCUCCAGCUCUGGGGAGGCUGUAUUAUGAUACCCCUGGUUGUGGAGGUGGUCUGUGGAUCGCCAAGUGGUGUACACAGUUGGCAGCUGUGGGUCUCCUGUGCGUCAUACGGUGUCUGCAUCCUCAUGUCUCUAGUCACAGUUGUGGUAAUAUUAGGAGACUUUGCUGGGCGGUGUUUUCUACCUUUUGACAGAUUUCUGGCGGGCUUCAGUCUCAUUGGAGUAUUGCUCUACAUGGUGGCCACAGUGAUUUGUUUGACCAAGAUAUUGCAGCUUAGGGACCUCGGACAAAGCAACAAAAGUGCAGAACUGGUUUUCAUGGAAACAGUGGUUUCCAGUAUGACACUGUUAGCUUAUACAGUGGACCUUGCCUUCUCCAUUAAACUGUUGUGUGACAGGAGUCACACAUGA